AUGCCGCCGAAAAAGCAGGUCGAAGAGGAAGUCCUCGGUCCGUGGUCCCUCGGGAGAUUCUCCAGUAACCUCAAGGUUGGAAUCGUGGGGAUGCCGAAUGUGGGCAAAUCUACGCUGUACAACGCGCUGACGAACUGCGCGAUACCGGCGGAAAAUUUCCCGUUUUGCACGAUCGAGCCGAACAGCACGCGGGUGAACGUGCCUGACGAGCGGUUUGAUUGGUUGGUGGACAUGCACAAGCCGAAGAGCGUGGUGCAGCCGUUCUUGGAGAUUGUCGACAUCGCGGGUUUGGUCAAGGGCGCGGCGGACGGCGCGGGCCUAGGGAACGCGUUUCUUUCGCACAUCAAGGCGGUGGACGGUAUUUUGCACGUCAUGCGGUGCUUCGAGGAUCCGGACGUGAUUCACGUCGAGGAUCGGGUCGACCCGGUGGACGACAUCGAGAUCAUCACAUCGGAGCUUCGUCAGAAGGAUAUCGAGUUCAUGUCCAACCUCAAAGACAAGAUUGAAAAGGACAAGACACGCGCAUCAAACCCGAUUGCGGCCAAGGAACAAAAGCUCGAGCUCGCGACCGUGGACAAGGUGCUCGAGUGGCUUCAAGAAGGUAACGAGGUUCGCAAUGGCAUGGAGAAGUGGAACACGAACGACGUUAUGUACCUAAACAAGUACCAGCUCCUCACGGCCAAACCGGUUAUUUACUUGGUCAACCUCUCACGUAAGGAUUUCGAGCGAAAGAAGAACAAGUUCUUGGUGAAGAUUCACGAGUGGGUGAAGUCUCACGGGGGUGGCACCAUCAUCCCCGUCUCCGCCGAGGUCGAGGGCGAGCUUCAACACGUUCCAGCGGAAGAAAAGGAACAGUGGUGCAAGGACCAAGGCGUGACGUCUUGCCUCCCGAAGAUCAUCAAGACGGCAUUCUCGACGAUUCACCUCAUUUAUUUCUUCACUGCCGGUCCGGACGAGGUCAAGGCUUGGUGUAUCAGAAAGGGUUUCAAGGCGCCGCAAGCGGCGGGGGCGAUUCAUACCGAUUUUGAGCGCGGUUUCAUCUGCGCCGAAGUCAUGGCGUUCGAUGAUCUCAAGGAGCUCGGCACCGAGUCUGCGGUUAAGACGGCGGGUAAGUACAGGCAGGAAGGGAAGAACUACCUCGUCCAGGACGGCGACAUCUGCUUCUUCAAGUUUAACGUCACAUCGAGCAAGAAGUAA